AUGAGGGCCAGUUUUUCUCUGCGGAGCUUCUCCGCAUCUUGUCGCGGCCAGGUCCGCCCCACGCUCACCAAGUCUCUCCGGACGAGAAAUACUCAGACAGCACACUGGACGAGAAGAUGGAAUAGUAGCAAUAAUUCUUCGGCAAAUUCAUCCUGGACUACCACUCGUGCAUUGGCUCUAGCUGCGGUCGUCGGCGCGGGUGCUUACAUCGCUGCCUCUUCACGCUCGACGUCUCCGGUCACAGUAGCGGCGACUGCAUCCGCAAAAGAUCCUACUUAUGGGGACAUUACACUGUUUGAAAAGGCAAUUGCCGAGCUUCGGGCUGAACUUGGAGAAGAUGCCAUUAGCACUGACGACGACGACCUCCACGAACAUGGCUACUCAGAAUGGUCAACCGUCAACGCCGAACGCUUACCAGUGGCAAUCGCAUAUCCCAGAUCCACUGAGGAAGUUUCCAAAAUUGCCAAAGUCUGCCACAAAUACCGAAUGCCCAUGGUCCCCUACUCCGGUGGCUCUAGUCUCGAGGCCAAUUUCUCUGCUCCUUAUGGCGGAAUGACUAUCGACUUUGCCUUUAUGGACAAGAUUUUAGAAGUGCAUGCCGAUGAUUUGGAUGUUGUGGUACAGCCGUCCAUUCCCUGGAUGCAGCUGAAUAGCGACUUGGCUCACACUGGCCUCUUCUUCCCCGUGGAUCCUGGCCCAUCGGCCAAGAUUGGUGGUAUGGUUGGAACUAAUUGCAGUGGUACCAAUGCAGUUCGCUAUGGUACUAUGAAAGACUGGGUGAUUAACUUGACCGUGGUGUUGGCCGAUGGACGCGUUAUCAAGACGAGAAGACGACCCCGCAAGACUUCUGCGGGCUACAACUUGACUGGAAUGUUCGUUGGGUCAGAAGGUACGUUGGGUAUUGUGACCGAAAUCACACUCAAACUUGCCCCUAUCCCGGAUGAGCUGCGUGUCGGUAUCGUGACUUUUCCCACCGUUCGUGAUGCUGCCGCCGCUGCUAUGCAGGUCAUUCGCAAGUCUAUACCUGUACAGGCAAUGGAGAUCAUGGACGAAGUGCAAAUGAACGUUAUUAACCGUGCCGGCGGUACGGGACGAACAUGGAGAGAAGAACCAACCCUGUUUUUCAAAUUCUCUGGCACAACCGCCCAGGUCGCAGACAGUAUCCAGAACACCAAGAAUAUUGCACAAAACAACAAGUCCACCUCUUUCGAGUUUGCCAAGGACGAUCAAGAAGCGCAUGCACUUUGGUCGGCACGCAAGGAGUCUUUAUGGUCUAAUCUAGCUAUGCGUCCAGAGGGAGGUGAAGUUUGGUCUACUGAUGUGGCGGUGCCUUUGUCACGACUUCCGGACAUUAUCGAAAAAUCCAAGGAGCAGCUUAAUGAUUUGAAUCUCUUUGCCAGUAUCUUGGGACACAUUGGCGACGGAAACUUUCACAGCAGCAUCCUGUACAGCCGCAAAAACCGCGAGGAGACAGCGCGCGUGGAAAAGGUGGUUCACGACAUGGUCGAUCUCGCCAUUGAGAUGGACGGGUCCUGCACAGGCGAACACGGCGUUGGUCUAGGCAAAAAAGAAUACCUCGUCAAAGAACUCGGCCCUGACACAAUCGACAUCAUGCGAAGCGUCAAACGAGCCCUUGAUCCGCACUGGCUGAUGAACCCAGGCAAAAUCUUCGAGUACUCCCGUGACAGUAAACCUGCUGACACGACUGACAUCGAGUCAGCGCGUUUGGUGGGUGCUGAGAAGAAGAAAAGUGCUUGA